GGCAGCCGCGGGGCCCCACGUGACCCGCCCGGCCGCGGCCGCCCUUGAAGUACGGCGGGCGGGCGGCCCGCACAGCGCUCGGUGCCGGUCGCAGGCUUAUCUUUUUUCUCUUUGCAACAACUAGAAGUAUCUGCCAGCAAAUCUGUGAUGCAUAUCAUGAUCCCCCACUACAGCUUACAGUGAAAGCUGGCAAAAGGGACUCCUUGAUGGAGUGAGGAAUGCUGGGUCUUUGCAUAGGCUUCUUUUAUCAUCUGCUGCCCACCCCAGCAGUACCUGCUCCUUGCAGAGACCUGUGUGCCGACCAUACUCCUUCUGCUCCACUCUCCAGAGCUCUCACCAUGGUUAAUGAGACCCAACACACCUGCAGUGCCAGUUCCAGCUCCAGGUCUGAUGGCGGCAGCAGCAGUGGAAGCGAGAGCUCUAAGGACAACUCGCGCUGCUCUACCCCUGUCCUUGAUGCUGACCGACAUGAGCGGCUGCGGGACAAGAUGCGCCGCCGGCAGGAUGCUGGAGACAAGUGGUUCUCCCUGGAGUUCUUCCCUCCACGCACAGCCAAUGCUGCUGUCAAUCUCAUCUCCAGGUUUGACCGCAUGGGAGCAGGUGGUCCCCUUUUCAUUGAUGUGACGUGGCACCCUGCAGGGGACCCAGGAUCUGACAAGGAAACCUCUUCCAUGAUUAUUGCCAACACUGCAGUCAACUACUGUGGCCUGGAGACCAUCCUGCAUAUGACAUGCUGCAACCAGACCAAGGAUGACAUCACAGGGCAUCUGCAGAAGGCCAAGCGGCUUGGGUUGAAGAACAUCAUGGCACUCCGUGGAGAUCCUGCUGGUGAGGAAUGGGAGGAAGAAGUAGAUGGCUUCAACUAUGCUGUUGACCUGGUUAAGCAUAUUCGCAAUGAAUUUGAUGAUUACUUUGACAUCUGUGUGGCAGGCUACCCCAAGGGUCAUCCUGAAGCAGAGAGCUAUGAGGCAGACCUGAGGCACCUGAAGGAGAAAGUCUUUGCUGGAGCAGACUUCAUCAUUACGCAGCUUUUCUUCCGACCAGAAACCUUUCUCAAGUUCAUGAAGGAUUGUCAAGCCAUUGGCAUCACCUGCCCCAUUAUUCCUGGCAUCUUCCCUAUACAGGGUUACCACUCUCUGCGCCAGCUGGUGAAACUCUCCAAGCUGGAAGUGCCUCAGGAAAUCAAAGAUGUGAUUGAACCCAUCAAGGACAACGAUGCAGCUAUCCGGAACUACGGGGUGGAGCUGGCAGUGUCCAUGUGCCGGGAGCUGCUGGACAGUGGAAUGGUGCACGGGCUCCACUUUUACACCCUCAAUCGGGAAGUGGCUACGACUGAAGUCCUGAAGCGCCUGGGCAUAUGGAAAGAGGACCCCAGGCGGCCUCUUCCCUGGGCAGUCAGCGCUCACCCCAAGAGAAGAGUGGAAGAUGUCCGGCCAAUCUUCUGGGCCUCCAGGCCGAAGAGUUACAUCUAUCGAACUCAAGAGUGGGAUGACUUCCCCAAUGGCCGAUGGGGUAACUCCUCCUCUCCAGCUUUUGGGGAACUGAAGGACUACUACCUCUUCUACCUGAAGAGCAAGUCUCCUCGGGAGGAGCUUCUGAAGAUGUGGGGAGAAGAACUUACUUGUGAGGAAAGUGUCUUUGAGGUGUUCACAUGUUACAUCACUGGAGAACCCAACAGGAAUGGGUACAAGGUUACGUGUAUGCCUUGGAAUGAUGACCCUCUUGCUACUGAAACCAACCUUCUGAAGGACCAACUGGAGAAGGUCAACAGACGAGGAAUCCUGACCAUUAACUCCCAGCCAAACAUCAAUGGCAAACCAUCCACAGACCCCAUUGUAGGCUGGGGGCCCAGUGGAGGUUAUGUUUUCCAAAAGGCAUACCUAGAGUUCUUCACCUCCAGUGAAAUUGUCACAGCACUGCUCAAAGUGCUGAAGAAAUACGAGUUGCGAGUGAACUACCACAUUGUCAAUGUCAAGGGCCAGAACAUCACCAAUGCUCCAGAUCUGCAACCCAAUGCCGUCACCUGGGGCAUCUUCCCAGGAAGAGAGAUCAUCCAGCCCACUGUGGUGGAUCCUGUAAGCUUCCUCUCCUGGAAGGAUGAGGCCUUUGCACUGUGGAUCGAGCAAUGGGCCAAGCUGUAUGAAGAGGAGUCACCCUCUCGCAUGAUCAUCCAGUACAUCCAUGACAACUAUUACUUGGUCAACCUGGUGGACAAUGACUUCCCACUAGAAAACUGCCUCUGGCAGGUUGUGGAGGACACUUUUGAGCUAUUGAACUCUCCAACUCAGCAGUGAAAAUUAUUCUUCUAAUCUCUUACUUCCUCCUCCCCUCACUGACUUCAGGGAAAGCAGCAGCUCCUGUGCUGAUCACACUCCUAAACCCAAUGACCACACUGGUGCUCUGACCUACCCACACUAUGUGCUCUUCUGUCCCCAACACAAAGGCUCCCUGACUGCUCUUACUGAACAAUAGCCAGAACUACCUGAACCUUUGAGCUGAGGCUCCAGACUAAGCCCAAAGGCCAGGGCUGCAGGAUGAAGAGCUGCUAAUCAUGGUUAUGCUAACUACAGUAACAGGAGAACACAAGCUUCUGGUAACUUUUGCACGCCAGAAAUGCUGGCAUGGGGACAGAAACACUCCUGUCAGCUGUACCUAUGCAAGGGGAUUAUUUCAGCAAUUACCAACCUGGAAAAGGUCAAAUUGCUUUUAUAUUGCACUCCUAAAAUGUAUUUCUUCAUAGUUGAUCAUCAGGCUCUUUUGCACUCACUCCAGAAGAAGGUUCAAAUUUUAUUCCUAACUUUUCUCCUUGUACUAUAUUUUCUGUUUUCUUUUUAACAGGACUAUGAAUAUCCAUUCUGGAUAAGACUAAGUAAGAAUCACACUAUUUCUAGAUUAUGUACAAUAAAAUACACACAUACAAAUGUCUCUUGUACUAGGCCAUGCUCUA